AUGGUUUCUUCUGUCAUUUCUCUCCCAUUUCUCAUACCAAAUCCUUCAACCCGAAAAUACUCAUCACUUAGUUCAGCUAGUGCUAGACACUUCCCUGAUUAUUCCCCCAAAAAGCCCACCAUCAAAGAUUCUGAACUUGUUUACAGCAUCUCCACCACCAUUAAGCAACGCCACUUUGAACCCAUAGAACGAAUUCUGAAACCAUUCGAAUCAAGGCUUAGGUCUGACCACUUUAUUUGGGUUUUGAUGGGCAUAAAGAAUGAGUACACAUUAGUGUUGACUUUCUUUGACUGGUUCUGUUUACAUAGAGCUCCAUCUCUUGAGGUGAGAUGCAUUAUCAUUCAAAUCUCUGUUGCUGCAAAAGACCCAAAAGUUGCUUAUCAACUUAUUCAUGACUUUUGGACUAAACCCAAUGUAGAUGCUACUCUUCCAUUUACCCUUUUCAUGGAAAAGUUGAUAUACACUUACAAAGAUUGGGGCUCUAAUCCCCAUGUAUUUGAUAUAUUCUUUCAAGUCCUUGUUGAAGUUGGAAUACCUGAUGGAGCCAAAAAGCUAUUCCACAAGAUGUUAAACUAUGGAGUGGUGAUAUCUGUCAAUUCAUGCAAUCAUCUUCUCUCACAUCUAUCACAGAAUAUCGAUACGUGUAAGACAACACCACAAAUUUUUACUGAAUUUUUAGAAUUUGGUGUUAAAUGGAACACUGUGUCACAUAACAUAAUGAUUCAUUGCCUUUGUCGAAUGAAGAAAGUCAAAGAAGCUCAUAACUUACUCAUCCAAAUGGAGAUGCGAGGCUAUUUCUCUGAUGCUAUCAGUUAUACCACUAUCAUAAAUGGGUAUUGUCAGAUUGGAGAGUAUAAUGUAGCUUUAAAACUUAUGGAAGAAAUGCAAAUAAAAGGAUUGAAACCAAACAAGUUUACUUUCAACAGUGUGAUUUUUCUUUUGUGUAAGAUAGGCAAAGUGUUGGAUGCAGAAAAGAUUCUCAGGGAAAUGACAUGGCAAAAUCAAAAUAUAGUUCCUGAUAAAGUAGUGUACACAACACUAAUUGAUGGUUUUUCCAAAACUGGGAAUCUCACUGCUGCAUAUAAGCUGUUUGAUGAAAUGCAUAAAAGGAACAUUUUACCUGAUUACAUAACAUACACUGCUCUUAUAUCUGGUAUUUGUCGAAUGGGGAAUAUAUCAGAAGCAUAUGAUCUCUUUCUUAAAAUGCGUAAUAGAGAAAUGGUUGUUGAUGAAUUUACAUAUUCAGCCCUUAUUGAUGGGUACUGCAAGAAUGGUGAAAUAAAGGAGGCGUUUUCACUUCAUAAUGAAAUGGUUCAAAUGGGUUUAACUCCAAAUGUUGUAACCUACACUUCAUUGGUUGAUGGUUUAUGCAAACAAGGGGAAAUCGAUACAGCAAAUGAACUUCUUAAAGAAAUGUGUUCAAAGGGUCUUGAAUUGAAUAUACACACAUACAAUUCACUUGUUAAUGGCCUCUGUAAAUUUGGUCACAUUACAAAAGCGAUAAAGUUAAUGGAAGAUAUGAAAAUGGCAGAAGUGCAUCCUGAUACAUAUACAUACACGACAUUAAUGGAUGCUUAUUGUAAGGCAGGAGACAUGGUUAAAGCUCAUGAGCUUCUUCGUGAAAUGCUGAAAAAAGGGAUUCAGCCAACUGUUGUUACUUUUAAUGUUUUAAUGAAUGGGUUUUGUAUGUAUGGGAUGUUGGAAGAUGGAGAGAAGCUACUGACAUGGAUGUUGGAAAAGGGUAAAAAUGGUAUUAUGCCAAAUGCCACCACGUACAAUUUGCUUAUGAAACAGUAUUGCAUCCGGAAUGAAAUGCAUGCAACAAGUGAAAUCUACAAGGGUAUGUUGGGAAAAGGAGUUUCACCAAAUGCAAACACAUAUGAUGUUCUAAUUAGAGGACAUUGUAAAGCAAGGAAUAUGAAGGAGGCGUGGUUUUUGUAUAAAGAAAUGGUGGAAAAGGGAUAUGAUCUCACAGUAAAUGGUUAUAAUGCUCUUGUCAAAGGGUUUAUUAAAAGGAAAAAAUAUUUAGAGGCAAAAAGUAUGUUUGAUGAAAUGAGGAAAAAAGGUUUAGUUGCAAAUAGAGAAGUAUACAGUUUCUUUAUGGAUAUGAAUUAUCAUGAAGGAAACCUGGAUUUAACUCUUGAACUGUGUGAUGAAGCGAUAGAAAAAGGUGUUGUUGAUAAGACUGAUGUUUGA